AUGACAGACACGAAUAGCGGAGCCCGGAGCUCUGUACCAAUCUUGUUACUAAAGACAAAAUCGACACCCAAUGAUGGCUACGAAGAGCGAUUCUCUUCAGCGACAGUGGGUUCCGAUCGAUUCGACCCCACAUUCGUCCCAGUCCUUGAGCAUCAAUUCCUCGACCAGGGGCUCAAUGUUGUGAAAGACUUGCUACAGAGCAAGCAGAUCGGCAAAGACGUAGGGAGGAAGUAUGGUGGCAUGAUAUUUACCUCCCAGCGUGCGGUAGAGGCUUUUACGAGGCUGGUCGAGGAAGGGAAAGGUGACGCGGAAUGGCCCCAUCUACAAGAUAUCCCCAUAUACACCGUUGGACCUGCCACUUCCCGAGCUCUCCAAGCUAUUCCACAAAGUCCGCCUCUCAAUAUUUAUGGCGCCGAUAUGGGCAAUGGGGAAGCUCUGGCGCACUACAUGCUUGACCAUUAUGGGGAAUGGUAUCAAGACCGGAAGGUCAAGCCACCUCUUUUGUUCUUGGUAGGAGAGCAGAGGCGGGAUAUCAUACCAAAGACCUUGAUGGACCCAAAAUUGGCAGAUGAUCGCAGGAUCCAAGUCGACGAACUGGUCGUCUACGGAACGGGUGUCAUGGAGUCGUUCGAAGAGGACUUUACAAAUAUACUAGAAGAGACUAAAGAUAGCCCCAUGAGGUGGAUUGUGGUCUUCUCGCCGACGGGAUGUGAAGCCAUGCUUCGUGCAUUAGGUCGUCUUGAUCUAGAAACUGGCAAAGCAAGAGUGGUCGACCAACCGAAAUCGAGAAGCACGUAUGUGGCUACGAUUGGGCCGACAACUCGAGAUUUCCUGCGGAAAUGUUUCGACUAUGAACCAGACGUUUGUGCUGAGAAGCCAAGUCCCGAAGGCGUGGAGAUGGGUAUCAGAACAUUUCUAAAGAAUCAGUGCUGA